GUAAGACAGCAAACCAGUCUCUUAGAGAUGGCCGGCGGAAUUGUGACCGUGGCGAGCGGGGUGAUGAGCCCCCUCAUCGGCAAGCUCACCGCACUCAUGGGUGACGAGUACAACAAGUUCAAAGGGGUGAGGAAGCAAGCCUCAUUCCUCCAGAAGGAACUCAGCGCCAUGAACGCCGCCCUACAGAAGCUUGAGCUCAUGGAUGAAGACCUCGAUCCAACCGUCAAGGAUUGGAGGGAUCAUGUCAGGGAGAUGUCCUACAACAUGGAGAACUGCAUUGAUGAUUUCAUACGCCAAUCUCAGGCUGGCGAUGCCAAGGUGGGCUUCAUCAAGAAGACUGCUCGACACAUCAAGAAGUUGCGUUGGCGUCUUCGGAUUGCCGACCAGAUGGAAGAGCUGAAGAACCUUGCAAUAGAGGCGAAUGCUCGGCGCCAGAGGUAUAAGAUUGAUGAUUGGAAGCCUUCCUCUAGCAGUGUGGUUGUUGACCCUCGAAUCCCAGCGCUCUACCAAGAGGCAUCUACUCUUGUGGGAAUUGAUGGCCCAAGGGAGGAGGUUGCCACUUUGUUGUUGGAUAGUCGAAAGGAUGUCAAGGUCGUGUCCAUAGUCGGAUUCGGUGGUCUUGGUAAAACAACACUUGCCAAAGAAGUAUAUUAUAAGAUUGGAUCACAAUUCGACUGCAAGGCAUGCAUUUCAGUUUCACAGAGGCCUGAUAUGACUGACCUGCUCAUGAAUUUGCAAAAGAAACUAGGGAUGAAGGAUCCCAAGUCAUCUCGUGCUGCUGGCAAGGUUGACGACAUCAUUGAAGAGCUAAGAAAACAUCUGAAAAAGAAGAGGUACCUUAUUGUUGUUGACGAUGUGUGGGAUGUAUCAGCAUGGAAUAUUAUCAAAUGUGCUUUUCCAGAAGAUGGUAAUGGAAGUAGAGUACUAGUUACAACUCGAUUGGAACGUGUGGCUGGCACAGCCUGCCAGAAUGACCGAGGGGGCAUCUACAAAUUGGAACCUCUCAGUGAGGAAAAUUCAAAAAUGUUAUUGUUGAAGAGAGUAUUUGGGUCUGGACAUGGUUGUCCACCCCAACUUGAAGAACUUAUGGCUGAGAUUUUGCGGAAGUGUCAUGGAUUGCCACUUGCAGUUAUCACAAUCUCUAGCCUAUUAGCCAAUGAAGGGAAAUCAAGAAAGGGCUGGGAGAGUAUAAGGGAUUCUUUGGGUGUCCAAUCUGCCACAAAUCCCACAAUGGAACAGAUGAAUGAUAUAUUAAACCUUAGCUAUAUGCAUCUUCCUGCUCAUCUUCGGGCAUGUUUUUUGUACUUUGGUAUGUAUCCUGAGGAUAGCCUGAUCUUAAGGGAUGAUCUGAUUCGGCAAUGGGUAGCUGAAAGCUUUAUCAGUAAUUUAUAUGUGCAAGAUCAGGAGGAUAUUGGCAUGAGUUAUUUCAAUGAGCUUGUCAAUAGAAGCAUGGUUCAACAGUUUGAAUUAGACAAUGGGCAGGUUGUGUGUUCAGUACACGACAUGCUGCUUGAUUUGAUCCUAAGCAAGUGUGCUCAAGACAACUUUGCAAGUGUGGCAUACAGUUAUCAAGACAUGACAAAAUUGCAUGGCCGCGAAUACAAGAUUCGUCGAUUAUCUCUAAGCUCCAUGGCUGGUUGCCGGGCAACAUAUGGCUCAGAUAUUGUUGUUAGCAUGUCACAAGUUCGAUCAUUUACACUGCUGAGAAACUCCAUGCCUAAUCUUCUGUUAUUCAAGUAUGUCCGGGUGCUUAGAAUUCGUCAAGACCAUGGAGACGAGGAGAGCCUUGACCUGACUGCUAUUGGCCAAUUGUUUCAGCUGAGGUACCUGUAUGUUUCAGGACCAUAUGUCAUACAUCUCCCCGCUGAACUUCACAGGCUUGUUUACUUAGAGACACUAGACAUACGUCGUACACGGUGUAUGAGCAUCCCCUCAGAUAUGGUCCACAUGCCCCGCUUGUUCUAUCUUGGUAUAAAGAUCGGGGACAUGCUGCCUGAAUGGAUAGGGAAUAUGAAAUCACUGCGCAGUUUGGAAAUAUGGCCUGACUAUAAAAGCAAGGAGAGGAACUUGAAUGUGAUGAAGGGCAUUAUUGGUCUCGGCAUGUUGACUGAUCUAAGGGAACUGACGAUAGAUGUGAGGUCUUUGGAGAAGUCAGAAGUUGAUGCUUUGGCCAGCUCCAUUGGAAAGCUUUGUAACCUAAACUACAUUCGGUUCUCUGGAAGAUGUAUUGAAGGUAGCCGGUUGGGCUCAUUAUCCAAUCCUUUUCGGCAGAUCGAGGAAUUUCAUGGGGUUAUAUGGUAUUUCCCUAGAGUUCCCAUAUGGAUGUGUGGUCUUUAUUGCCUUCGCAUCCUCGAGUUACAGGUGGAGGAGACGUCAACUGAGGAGGUUCAGCUUCUUGGAGAGCUUCCCUCCCUCGUCCAAUUCAGCUUUCGGUCGUCACGAAUCCCUAAAAAAAGGGCUAUGCUGGGCACGAGACUAUUCCCGAUUGUGGAGCACUUCGAAUUUCAGUCCGAGGAAGAUGUUAUGGUGUACCUGGGGUUCGAGGCAGGAGCCAUGCCCAACCUACGAACCCUCGGUCUCGGUGACAAGAAGUGGGACGGCAAUAUACCAGUCGGGUUGGAGCACCUGUUAUGCCUCGAGAAGAUUCAACUGCAUGGGCCCAACUCCGGUGAUGAUGCCAUAGUGUCUGCAUUCAGGGACGCCUUGUCGGUGCAACCCAACCACCCUUCCAUUGAACACUGGCAUCCAGAAGGUUCCGCUCAUGUUAUGCGGCCUGCGAUUUAGCCACCUUCCUAACGAACCAAAGAAGAUAGUAGCAGCUUAACAAAAGGAAGAGGCCUAUGUUUCUUCCGGAAGAUAUUUCCUGAACAUAUGUUUUAGAGUCGACAGUAGUACUGUGACGCGGAAGUGUUAAUUCGUGCCAGUCGUUAUGGAAUCCCUGAAGCAAUUUGACAUAGCAGUUCUAAUUCAAUAUGUACGGGAAUAUGACUGUUGGUUAGCACAUUUUGUAAUAGAAGUUACUUCGUUUGCCACUUAGCAGAUUUAGUUUCUAAUUCGAUUCA